AUGACGGACCCCCAACCCACCAUCGCUGAACACAUGCAGCCUCGCCCUGAGGACCUCGAGGCCGCCGCCGCUGCCGCCGCUGGCCCGGACCAUCAUCACGAGCAGCAACACCAGCGGACGCCCGCCUUCGCCCCCAUCUACACCCUCGUGAACAACUCGUCGACGCGCACCACCCAUCAUCCCCGGGUCCUCUACAUAUUCAGCGACGACGAUCCCGACCGGCUCACCGAGGCCCUUGCCCAGCAGCACGAUGCCAACCUGGGCGAGUCGGCCUCAGGGCCGGCACCAGACCACCGCGCCAUCCUUCUCGACCUGGCCCAAGACGCCGAAGGUGGAUACAGCGUAGCCUGGUCGUCUAGCCUCUCCCCAUCAUGGGCUGUCCUCGACGCCCAAGUCAGCCGUAUCUCCCCUCCCUCAUCCUCAUCCGAUGGUGAAGGCAGCCAAGGCCAGGACAGUCCAAGCGCUUCCUCCAAGAAGAAGCCCGACCGGCUCAUGCUCCGCAUAGAAGGCGUCGAAGGGGGCUCCCUGGGAUCCGAAGGCGAGCUAAAGCUCUCCGGAGAUAAAAGCGGGCACAGCUCGGGGACGGGGACGGGCAGCGGGAGCGGGCAGAAAGACCGCGAGAGCGGACAUGCCGAGGAUUACGGCAACUUGGUCGACGAGUUCGACAAGAGGAUGAACAUGCUACGUAAGGUGGUCGAUGCCGGCGAGGAACGGCUUAGCAGGCUUGCGAGCGAGGCCACCCAACCAGAAACCCACGCGCCGCAUCAAGACGAUAUCAACGCCCCUCAUCCGAAACCUCCCAGUCCUGAAAACCUGCGGAGGUAUGCCGAUGAUGGAUGA